CAAGUACUUAACCAGUUGUCUAUUGUCUCAUGGGAAUACCCACGGGCAUUUAUUGGAUCAUGCAUCUGUCUCCGCUCCCAGAAUCAUCAGCCAUUUUCUCACCGACUGUGGCCCGUAUUGCCGCAUCGAACUCCAAGGAUUGGAGCUUCGUUGACGCCUGGCUUGCCUCGAAAUUCGCCGGUCGUUCCGUUCCCUUCUUCGAGCGAAAUAACGAAACACUCAAAGACCUGCUUGCGCUGGCAUCCGUCAACGAGGCGUCCGAUGAUGAGUGUCGACGCAUUGCACUAGCCGAAUCCGCUGCUCUCCGAGAGAUUCAACGUUUCAAUCUGGCCCUUUUCGGGCCCAGCGACAUGGAGCCCGAUGCUAGUAGGCAAUUUCGAUCCGCAUUUCUCAAUGACUUGGAGGAAUUUCUAUCCCGCGAUGAUCAAACUUUCCUAGAUAUCAUGGCAUGUGUGGCCCUCGAGCUUGACAUCGCUAGUCCAAUGCCAGAGUCUCUUGGCGACACAUUGGUUCAGCUUCAAUGCAGGGCGUUCGAUCUAGAAGAAGCCCAUAGCCGCGUGCAUGUAAUGAGGAAUCACAUCAACGCCGACAUAGCCAAGAUGGAAGAACUAUUGCGAUGUCAGCGGGAUUGGAGUUAUAUGCCGCCGUCUGAUCAGGCACGGCACAAUCUGGAGAAACACAGAAGGACCAAACAGUUGUCAUCGAAGAUUUCUGAACUCAGCGACCGUCUCGCCUCUCUUGAUGCCGCCUCUUUUACAUCCCACCCAAUGAUCGAUCAAUUAGCAGACCACGAAGUUCAACACUCAAACUUAUUGGCCAAGAAGAAAGGGCUUGAGGAAGAGGUUUCUCAGUUUGCCUCUCUUCCAGAAACCCCAGACCUUGCCAGGGGUCAGCUUGAACGACUACGUGGCGAACUGCGGUCUCUUGCGGAACGGAGGGACGUCUGCUUCGAGAAUCUCGUCGAACGGGAGAGUCCCCGAAAAAGACCAUGAGUUCUUGGGGAGGGGCCAGUUGCCGUAUAUCCACAGUAACUUUUGUGUCUGCUUCGCAGGAGGAUGGCUGCUUUUAUGUCCCCGCGUAGCAACUAUCCGGUACGCUUUGUUCUUCCAGAGACAGCGCCACCAAAUCUCCCGAGUUGCCUCCCUAGGCCAGACCGCUUUGCUGCUGGUGCAGCGGGCGGAGCAGCUGCCGCAGCUUCCUUGGCAAGCACCGACAAGCCAGUCGAACCACGAGAUUCUUUGGCGCUCUUGGAUUCCUGCCCGUCCCCUAGGCGAAUGUCCCCAAGGCUCGAUAUCGGCCCAUCAGCUAAGCCCUCCCCUGAAUAUCGCUGCGUCCGGCGGGCUUUUUCCUGCACGCUGCGGAACUUCUCAAGAAGAUCAUGCCAUCGCACGAUGGCCUCUUCUCGCCCUUUGAGCCUAUUGGGCCUGUCGUAGUUGGAUC